CGCGCCUGCGCAUUGAGGAGAGAGCGCUAGGCCGGCGUCGGAGCACCGGCAGCAGAUCGGUGGCGUACGCAGCCGGGAAGCUGAGGGAGGCGAGCCGGGUCAAGGCGGUGCGCGUGCGCAUAGAAAAGGAGGGGGGGCGACGGGGCUCACGACCGGUUGCGCAUGUGCGUUUGCACCAGCGAGGCUGAAGAAUGCGUUGGCGUGCGGCCUGGGACGUGCGUCAGAGCUGUGCGCCUGCGCGGCCGCAAAGGGAGGCGGGAGGAAGCGAGUGCGUUUUCUUCUUAAGCAGCGCCAUUUUGUACUCCGAGCCGCCACUACCGGGGCCAGCUAGUGUGGGAGGGUCCGGAGCGAGUUGGCAAGUCGCGGGAGCGAGGAUGGCAGAACCUGUUACCGGGUCGGGCGACCCCGCCUUCGGCCCGGUCGCCUCGGAGGGUGGGAUGCGGCGGCUCUGCGACCUGCGAGUGAUCGACCUGAGGGCGGAGCUGAAGAAGCGGAACCUGGAUACGGGAGGCAACAAGAGCGUGCUGAUGGAGCGGCUGAAGAAGGCAUUUAAGGAGGAAGGACAAGAACCGGAGGAGGUUGGAAUCAGCUGGGGAGCUUCGAGCAAGAGGGCCGUAAAGAGAAACACCAAAGGAUCCAAGAUGGAGGAGGAGGGCAGCGAGGACAACGGCCUGGAGGAAGAUUCCAGAGAUGGGCAGGAUGGGGUUGUGGUUCUUCAGAGUUCACAAGACAGGGACACCAUGGAUACAGGUGUGCCAGAUAGGACGGAGGUUGAGGACCUCAGUGUGCCCUACCUGGGGAAGGCCGACACUGUCAACCAGAUUCUUCAUGCCUUCGAUGACAGUAAAGAGUACGUGGCCGUGCAGCUGGGACAGCUUCCAGCUCAGCUCCUGAAGCAUGCUGUGAAUGAGGAUGUCUUCAAGAACACUCUGGAAGCUUCCAUGUCAGACCUUAAAGUAACUCUGGCUGAUGAAGAAGCCCCCUUGGAACCAGGUACUGCUGAGACAGGCACAACACUUUUCUGGGUUGCAGUAACAUUCAUUUUUGUCUCUAGCUCUGUUAAGGAAGAACAAGAUAUAAAGCCAGUCAUUAAAGAUGAGAAAGGCCGUGCCAGCUGUAGCUCAGGAAGGAACCUGUGGGUCAGUGGGCUGUCCUCCAGCACCCGUGCUGCUGACCUCAAGAGCCUCUUCAGCAAGCAUGGGAAGGUCAUCGGAGCCAAGGUGGUCACCAAUGCCCGCAGUCCUGGGGCUCGGUGUUAUGGAUUUGUAACCAUGUCCACGUCAGAUGAGGCCACCAAAUGCAUCAGCCACCUGCACAGAACUGAACUGCAUGGGAGGAUGAUUUCUGUGGAGAAGGCCAAAAAUGAACCCUCUGAGAAGAAGUCGUCAGACAGGAGAGCUUGUGACCAAAAGGAGAAGGUGCCAGGGCCAGACAGGCCUCACCCUGUGAAGAUCAAGACGGAGAAGCCUAUGAUCAAGAAGGAAGAAAAACUGGAAAGAAAGGAGGAGAAAGGGCCAGAAGACAUUAAAAAGGAGAAGGAUCAAAGUGAGCUCACCCCAGGAGCUGCCGGUCAUUCUAGAGUCACCAAAUUAGGAAGCAGAGGCAUGGAGCGUACAGUCGUGAUGGACAAGUCCAAGGGAGAGCCUGUCAUCAGUGUGAAGGCCACAAGCAGGUCAAAGGACAGAAGCUCCAAAAGUCAAGACCGAAAGUCAGAGGGCAGGGAGAAGAGAGACAUACUGUCAUUUGACAAGAUCAAGGAGCAGCGGGAGCGGGAGCGUCAGAGGCAGAGGGAGCGUGAAAUCCGGGAGACAGAGCGAAGAAGGGAGCGGGAGCAGCGAGAGCGGGAGCAGCGUCUGGACGCCUUCCAGGAGCGGCGGGAGAAGGCUCGCUUGCAUAAAGAACGGAUGCAGCUCCAGUGCCAGAGGCAGCGGCUAGAGCGAGAGCGGCUGGAGAGGGAGCGGCUGGAGAGGGAGCGCAUGAGAGUGGAGCGUGAACGGCGCAAGGAACAGCAGCGCAUUAUGCGAGAGCGUGAGGAGCUGCGGCGGCAGCAAGAGCAGCUUCGUGCCGAGCAGGAACGGCGGGCACUACGAAGACCCUACGACUUGGAUUCUAGGAGAGAUGAUGGCUACUGGCCAGAAGGGAAGCGUGCAGCCACGGAGGACAGAUAUCGAGACUUUCCACGGCCAGAUCACCAUUUCCAUGACUUUGAUCACCGGGAACGUGGCCAUUACCAGGAGCAUGUCAUAGACAGGAGGGAUGGGUCCAGAGCCAGAUUGGAGGAGCGGGAUGAGCAGUACUACCCAGAUGACCAGCACAGCCAUGGAAGGCUCCUGGAGCACCAUGGUUGGGAUGCCCGGGAUGGCUGGCAUGGCUACAGCUCUGAUAAGAAGUUGAAUGAAGGCCAAGGGCUGCCCCCUCCCCCCAGGGUCAGCCGAGAGUGGGCAGAGCACAGCUCACAGUUGGAGGAGCAGCAGGUUCCUGUCUGGCACAGCGCUGUGGACACAAACAUGACGGGCCAUGAACACAUACGGUGGCGAGGUGCUGAGCGGGGCCUUGCAGGACCUGGGCAUGGGCAUGUGGCAGCAGGCCGGGGUGGCAUGGCUGGGCAAGGCAGCUUUGCACACGGUGGACAUUCCCAGGGAUAUAUUGUGCCCAGUGGUAGACUGGAAGGUGGUGGCAUGGCCAGCCAGGACCAAGGUGGCCGAGUCCCCAACCCCCACUUCACCCGCCGCUACUGAACUGCUCUGGACCAAACCCUGCUGCUGCAAGUAGGCAGACUGCAACCCCAGCCACCUCCCACUUGUGGCACAGCUAGCAGUCACAGGUUCUGCCAAGUGUCGAUGUGAACUCAUUCUCCUGGUGUUUUUAAUAAACACAGUCCUGUUCUGCUAUUUGUAAGA